UCAGGGAUGUUGUGCACAUGCGCGCUGUGUGCAAUCUACCGGAGCGCCAGAGGUAGUGAAGGCAGUCCUAAUGGCGGAGAGCGUACGGUCGCCUUUUGACUACCGGGAGCCACCGACCCUCGACAGCGACGGGGAUGGGAGCAAACCGCCACCACCACGGGGUCGCGUGUGUGGGAGAAAAAGGAAGGGGACACCUGUGAAGGUGUGUGAUCGAGCGUAUGUAACAGAAGAUGAGGAGGAGGAGAGCAUGUCGGAGCACAGCUACAGCCCGGGGGACGGCCAGUACCCAGAAGGCGCCGAAGACCGUCUUCCUCCUCCUGGCAGUCCCUACUACCUGCCUGACCCCACUCAGCUCUGCGUUCCUGAGCUGGGGGAAGAGGGAGCGAGCGGUGUUCGAGGACCCGUGCUCUUCCACCCGCCUCCCAACUGCCGGAUUCGAGAAGUCCACUGUGGUACUCAGGUCCGAUUGGUCGUCAUAGCGAUCCGCGACAUCGCCAAAGGGGAGGAGAUAACUGUGGACUACAGCCUGACAGACUGGGGGGAGAACGCAAUGGAGGAAGAGGCUGGCCCUCACCCGCUGUCCCUCUCCGUGUCCGAUUACCUCACCCCCUCCUGGUCGCUGUCGCCCUCCUCCUCCCCACUCACCCACUCUGAGGCCAGCGACUCCGACCGGGAGGAAGACGAAGAGGAGGACGACGACGAUGAUGACGACGACGACGAAGAAGAAGAAAUCGAGGAGAUAAGGGGUCGGAUGCUUCGGCGCCGCAAGAAGCGCAAACUGCCUGCGGCCGUGAAUUCCAAGAAAAAGAGCGCGCCCCCUUCCGCCAGGGGUCCCGGGCGCCCCUGUUCCUCCUUCUCCCGGCCGGGGCCCGUGGCCCCGCCAGCUCGGCCGCUGGCGCCCCCGACAACCAACAUAAACAAUAACAUCAACAUAAACAUCGGCAGCUCCAGCGGCGCCGCAGCGAACCGGCGGCAGCAUUGCCCGUACUGCGGCCGCCACUAUCGCUCGCUUGCGCGCCACCUGGAGAAAUACCACAGCAACCAGCCAGAUGUCCGAACGGCCAUGGAGCUGGCACACCUACACACGCACAGCUCCUCGAACGGCAACGCGCCGCACCCCUCCUCGUCCUCUGCCUCCGCUCCUCACAGCCACUCUUUCGCCAUCCCACAGUCCUCCGCCUCCAACCCGGCUCCGCCCUCGCUCUUCUCCAGGGAGAGGGAGUCGCCAGCUACGCGCUCGACCUCGGGCAGCGUCUCCUUCUCCCUCUCGCUUCCGCCUCCUUCGUCCGCACAGCCCACGGCUGCGAAGAAGGGGCCCAGCUUACCGCUUCCCGCCGCCAAACUCUCCUCGCCGCCGCUGGUUUCUCGAGUAAAGAGUCCGUCGCCACCUCCCACCCCGGCUGCGAAAAGAGGAAGGCGGAUGAAGAAGGAGAAGCACGAGGAGCAGCAGAAAGUGGAGGUAGAGAAGAAUCAGGAGGAGCUGCUGCCGCCUCCCACUCCGGAGCCUAAUAUCGAUCCGGAUGAAGAUCUGGAGCUGAGCGGAGUGGAGGAGGAAGCACCAGAGAAGAAUGGAGAGGUUGUAAGCACACACAGGCAGCACAUGUCUCCCCUGCUCUCCUCCCUGUCGUGUUUGAUCAUCUACCUCCGCCGCCAGCAGCACUCCUCCUCCCUGUCUCUGACUCGCUCUCCUCACUCUGCUGAGGCGUGGCGGCUGCUCUGCCACUCCAGCCUCUCGCUGCUCAUCCUCUACAACCGACACCGGGAGUGCGAGGUGGCCAAGCUCACGAUUCAGGACUACCGCAACCGGGUCACGCCGCAGUCCGCCCCCAGCGCCUCCUCCGCCAUGGAGUCUUUCCUGUCCCCCUUCGAGCGUCAGGUCUUAUGCCACCUCCCGCGGGCGGGCGUCCUGGGCAAGCGCGGCCGCGUCCAGCCGCUCAUCCUCCCGCCCCACUGCGAGUCCUGCCUGGACCUGCUGCUCCGCACCAGCCCCAACGUGGGCGUGGACCCCGAGAGCCCCUACGUCUUCUCCCGGCCCUACCACUCGCCCGCCACCCCGCUCCGCGGCACAGACCUGCUGAGGAACUUGGCUCGGGCCAGCGGGGCCAAAAACGCCGGGGCGCUGACGGCGACGCGAGUGCGGCGGCAGGUGGCCAUCCUCACCCAGCUGCUGCUGCUGGAGGAGGGAGAGGGGCCGGGCGGAGCCAUCAAACGGCUGGAGGACUUCCUGGAGCGGGAGUACCACGUGACGCAGAACUGCUCCUCCAUCAUUCGAGAUCCGGCGCUGAUGAGUCGAGUUGGACGCGUCGUUCUCUACGGAGAGAGAGAGGGCGUGCUUUUCAGGGGGAUGAGCCUGCAGGACAUUUGCCUCGAGUUAGACGUGAUGUCUGGCAACUCCGGAGAUUCAUUUUCAGAAGAUUCGGAUGCAGCUGAAGAGAAAGAAGACGUCAAGGAGAAGACAGAGGUGAUCGUAAAGAAGAAAGGACCGGGACGACCCCCACGGAAGAAACCUGCACCCCUUCCUCCAACCAAUGUCACCCCACCUGUAGCAAACGCCCAAAAAAGGAGAUCUGGUCCAGUUAAAUCAGGAAAACGCGGCGUCCUGAAACGACCCUGGUCUGAGGCGGAGCGCGUAGCUGUGGAGACGCACCUCAAGAAGAACCUCUUGGACCUGCGCGUCCCCGCCAAGGCGGACUGUGAACGCUGCCUGGAACUCUGCCCCCUGCUGGUGAGCAACCAGCGAGACUGGAGAGCCAUCAAGUUUUAUGUCCACAACCGGAUCCAGCUGCUGAAGAAGCAGGGGAGGAGAGAAAGUGCUGCUGCAGUUAGCUAGAGCGAAGGGAAGCUGUGAGAGAAUACAGUAAUGUAUAAACCACCAGCAGUCGGGACGAACUGUGGAACAAGCUGAGAGCAGCGGCACCUGAAGUUUUGGGGUUUUCCAGGUCAUCGCCCUGGUUAUAAGGGAGUAGUGUAAUAAAAGUGAUUAAGCUAUGAGGACAGACUGGAUGGAGAUGAAAACGUUCUUCUGCUCCGUUUUGGAAGCUUUUUGACAAAAUGAGGUGGAGCACAGUGAACACUUUUUAUUAUUUUUUUUAAAUUUCCUGUUUACUUUCUGCCAGUAAAAUAAAAGUAAAGAACAUAUGGGAGGAAGUGGGUCACUGGCAACAAGUCUGGAGUUUUACACAGAAAGCAGACAGAACUCUGUCACUUCGCUGUUGACCAAACAUGAAUGUGUAAAGCUUUGGGAGAACAAACUAAACUACAUGGACUCGUAUGAAUCUGUACAGUAUGUGUUUGAUGCUCAUGUGUGUUCCAACAGGUGUGUGUAUGUGUGCGUGUUGAAAAAGAAGUAUUCUUCAGUGUCUCAGACCAUGAUGCCCCUGUCUAAGUGUUUCUUGCAUACAUCCAUACCAUCAUAGGUUAGUGUGUCAAGGCACGUCUACUUGAAUUCACCGAGUAUAAUUUUUAAGAAAUGUAUUUCAGAAUCAACAUAUGAACUUAUCCGCACUGUAAAUAGUUCCUAAUCUAUAAAAGUUAUGAGGUUGUGAUAGCAAACUUGGCAGUUUCUCUUUAUGUAUAUAAACUGUAAAUAUUACCUGUACUUAUUAAAGUGUAUGACAUUUUGUUGUGUUUUCCUAAACUGGAUUGUAAAGUGAAUUUUACAUUGUGAAAACAACUGAGCAACAUAAAAAUGACAAACUUG